CUUUCAUCCAUCAUCAUCACUUCAACUUCAACUUCAACCACCGUACGUACACGGAUGGACGGCAGAGAAGAAGGCGGCGUGGCGGUAAUGGGUCGGGCCGAGAUCGACACCCGAGCUCCGUUCAAGUCCGUUCGGGAAGCUGUCAUGUUGUUCGGGGAGAGAGUUCUAGCUGGCGAAAUUUACGCCACCAAGCUCAAAGAAAUUAAGUCAGAGAAUGAAAAUCGUAGCAGCGGGAGGGGACGUGCUGAGGCCGAGCUGGAAGAGACAAAGCUCAGCUUGAUGAAGGCCAAGGAAGAAGGCAACUUAAUGGCGUAUCGAAUCAAAUCCCUACGACAGGAGCUGGAACUAACCAAGAAGGAGCUUAACCAGAUAAAGACUAGACAAAAGUACAACGCCGACCACCAAGACAAACAAUGGUCCGUUUCUGCGGGCCCACGUGGCCAAGAUCCGGAGAUUGAGGAGGAGGAGGAGGAUCUCAAGUUCAUGGAGACAGCGGCAAACUUUAACGAUGAGGAACAAGAGCUUGAACUUGAGAAGAAGAGGUACGUCAAGUUUGCGAGCCCACCGUCGCUGGCCAAAGUCAUGGUCGCUAGGGAGGAUAUGAUGCGGCAGAGGUCAGCAUCAUCGCCUCGUGGAGCAACGCCGUCGUCUUACGGGAAGAAGAGCGUACCGGCACCUAAAAGACGGUCGAUCGGGCCAGUAUUGGGCUGGUUGUUUCAUAAGAAGAAGGGAGGAGGCCCAAGCCCAAGCCCAGGAGCAGAUGCUGGCCUUAAUACGGCAUAUGAUUAUCAAUCCUCGCGGUACUGAUAUAAAAAAAGGAAAGAGCCUACAAUUUUUCCUCCAAAAUUUCAUUUUUCUUCGUGUGCAGAUGCAAAACAAAAUUUUAUAAUCAUAUUACUUUUUUUUGUCCUGAAAUGAUUUUUUGGUUGCUGCUGAAGCCUGAAGAGAUGAGGGAGGUUGAGCUGAAGGAGGUCGUUUGUAAUUUUUGUAAGAUCAGGCUCAUCCUCUUACUAUCAUUAGGUGAUAUUGUGUUGGAAUAAAAGUUCAAGUAUUUUGGUUGUGCAAA